GUCCGAACUGAAGGAGAGAGAGACAACCCUAGAUCAGAGAAAGAGAGAGAGCGGUGCAGAGUUCGUGCGAGUUGAGCAAUUGAAUUUGACUUUGGAUUUAGAGAGAGAGAGUUUGAAUGGCGGAGCACUUGGCUUCGAUAUUCGGAACAGAGAAGGACAGAGUCAACUGCCCUUUCUACUUCAAGAUCGGAGCUUGCAGGCAUGGAGAUCGCUGCUCCAGGCUCCACACCAAACCCAGCAUCAGCCCAACCUUACUCCUCUCCAACAUGUACCAACGCCCCGACAUGAUCACUCCCGGCGUCGACCCCCAGGGCCAGCCCCUCGACCCCCAGAAAAUCCAACACCACUUCGAGGAUUUUUAUGAAGAUUUGUUUGAGGAGCUGAGCAAGUAUGGAGAGAUAGAGAGCCUGAACAUUUGUGACAAUUUGGCUGACCACAUGGUUGGUAAUGUAUACGUUCAGUUUAGAGAAGAAGAACAUGCUGCAAAUGCACUUCAGAAUUUGACAGGAAGAUUUUAUGCAGGGAACCCCAUUAUUGUAGACUUCUCACCAGUGACGGAUUUUCGUGAAGCUACUUGUAGACAGUAUGAGGAAGAUAUAUGCAAUAGAGGUGGCUAUUGCAAUUUCAUGCAUCUGAAAAAGAUUAGUAGAGAGUUGCGGAGGCAAUUAUUCGGGAGGGGGGGUAGGCGAAGGCACAGCCGUAGUCCACAGCGCCAUCGCAAUUAUGAGGAGCGUCCGCAUGGAGGUGGCCGUGGUUCUGGUAGGAGAGGUGGUGAUGACCGAGAUUAUCGCCACCGUGAUAGGGGCAGGAGGCCUAGAAGCAGAAGUCCAGGACAAAGGGGAGGACGAAGCAGAAGCCCCCGGGAACAGAGAAAUAGGAGCCCAGUUAGGGAAGGCAGUGCUGAGAGAAGAGCAAAGAUCGAGCAGUGGAAUAGGGAAAGGGAACAAGCAGAAUCUGCUAACAAGAAUGGUAAUAGCAACAAUGAUAAUGACAACAGUAGCAGUGGCGUUGCUGAGAAUGGAGAACAUUAUGAUGACCGUCAUCAACAACAGCACCAGCAAGAGCAUGGAGGUUACGACUACUGAUCCAUGCCUGGUGGAGUACAGGUUCAUUGUCUUAUGAUAUUGAAUGUAAAAUCAUUUUUUCUUCCUUUUUCUCCUCCCAUCCUCUAAAAGAAGCUGAAAAUGAAUUUUAAAGAAAAGACAAAGAAGGACCACCUUAGUACUUGAGUGCCUAUACUAGAACCCUUUAUAUUCUCCAGUUUCCUUAUCCCUCAUUUUUUAGACAAUUUUUUAAAUUCUCUUCAGUGAGGGUUUUAGGAAGAUUUUCAAAAUUUUUGUAUGGUGAUAUCAAAAUUUUCCCAGAGUUAUCACCAAACUUAUUUCAGAAAAAGUUUUUACUCUUGGUUAAAGUAAAGUAUUAAAACACCUCAGUUAUAUGCCUCCUAAUUAAUAUUUUGAUCCAGACAAAAUGACUUUUGGUGAAUAAUGGAAAGAACAAUUCAUUUUGGGUCACUUUGAAGUUUUAAGCGUCUUUUAUAAAUAAAAUACACCUUGCUUGCUCGAAAUUUGUACACAAUGAUUUUCUAAUUGCCCAAUAUGUUUUGCGAAUUUCAUGUAUUUCCAGCUAUUUCAUUCUCUUGAGAGCCAAUGGAAAGAUCUCAUUUUUUGAUAUGAAAAUUGUGUGUCAAACAUGCUUGGUGAGAAAUGCUAUUCGAGGUUCUCAACUUCCUCAGUCCACUUUCAACCGAAAGUACAAUAAUUUUUUGGGUAAAUUGCACCCAACUUCCUUAAGAUUUAGAGAAAAUACAUUGAUCCCCAAAAGUUUGACAUAAUUACAUUGGACUUCUUUACUGUUGUAAUUCACGCUACACUUACUCCAUUUUCAUUAGUAAUCUGUUACUCGUAUGGAUGGUUAAAUGAUGUUUAUCCCCAUGGCUACAUACCAUCUGCAUUAGUUCUGAUUGCUUUAGC